AUGCGCGCGCGCUCGACGACGAGUCGAUGCGCGCACGCGCAGGCGUCCGCGACGCGCGUCGGUUCGCGCGCGCGCGCGCCAGCGACGCGUGGGCGCCCGCUCAGAGCGUUCGGAAGCGAAACGUCUCUCUUCGUCCCGCCGCCCGCGAGCGCGUCGACGACGACCGAGGACGCGCGCGCGCGGUCGAAACGGAUCGUCGACGCGUUCGAAGCCCUGGAUGAGGACGCGCGCGUGGCGCUGGUGGAGCGGAUGCUGUUCGGCGAGGACGGAACGCGCGCGGCGCCGGAGCUGCGAGUGGAGGCUGACGCGCGGGUGGCGUCGAGCGCGCGCGCGGAGUCGUCGAGAGUGGACGAGACGACGGAUGAUGCGCUAGAGAAUGCGGAUGCGGUCGAUGAGCUGAGCGCGGCGGAGGCGGCAGCGGAUCUGAGAGAUUUUGGGCCGGCGGCCUCAGGCGAGGCGGCGGACCAAGGCGAGGCGCUACGAGAGAAGUGGCGCGAGAUCUUCGGUGAAGAUCCCCCGGAGCGAGGUGGGGCGAGCGUGGAAGAGAUAUUCAACGAAGAGGAUGACUUGAUCGCGGACGGGCUCGUCGGUGAGGCGCGACGGGUGUUGUAUGGCGUGGAGCGCUCUUGGGAUAAACUUGUGUAUCGGUUUGGGCGCGCGGGCGCAAUCAUCGCGAGCGGGUUCGCGAGUGUGGGCGCAGCCGUCGUCUUGAGCUCUCUGUUCAAAGGGCCGAGAGAAACUGAAGUUACGAGCCCACCAGUUGAACCGAAGGAUGACGUAGAAGGUGCUGUCGUUGACUCAGCGUCUCCGUCUCUGCUUGCGGCUUUGCCUGUGCGUCCACCGUCUGAAGGUGGUGUGUUAUGGGCGCGCAAGGACGAUGAUGAAGACAAUGACGUUGACGAUUCCGCUACAUCCACAUCUCUGAACGCGGGUAUACUGUGGACUAGGAGUGAGUCGAGAGAGGAACGUAUACCUGCGCGCGAACGUUUUGGACGCCCGUCCAAGACUUUCGAUGACAGGGAUCGCACUAACGACGACGAGCCAACUCCGCGAGUUCUGUGGACACGCAAAACCGAUCCGGAGUACGAUGCGUUAGAGGGAGAUUACGCGGAAUCCGAGCCGGAGUCGGAGUCAUGGAGCCGGCCUGAACCGAGGCGCUCGGAAGUGCCACUCGAUGAUAAUUUAGAGGAUCUUCGCGCGUUCCCGCGGUUCGACCGCGACUCCCCGCGGUGA